GUUGCUGGUGCUGCUCGUCGCUGCUGCUGCUGCAUCUCGCUGUUCAUGUCCAGCCUUCGGUAACCGCCAUCCACUCGCCUCAAAAAUCUUUUCUGCCAGCGACUAGGCCCGCCAAUCUGCGCAAUCGAGCAUUAGUCUCUGCAUCCAAGCUUUUUGCACGAACGCGAACCCGGUCCCACCUCUCCAGGUGAUCGGGAGCCCUUGCUGCAUUCGAGCUAGUCUGCCAUCUGUCGUAUCUUCACUUGCUAGCAAUCGUAUCGCAUCGCUUCUCUUGUGCAUUCGAUCCCCCGUGGUGUAGAGUCCAAAACACUCAACCAAAGCAUACCUGGCAGCACCGCUGUAACCUCACACCAUGGCGUCGAUCCAGUACGAGCAACAGUCCCUCUACUAUGGAGGCAAGCGACAGACCACCGGCGAGACUUUCCAAUCCAUAGAUCCUUCAACUGGAAAGCCGAUAGCGAACAUUUGCAAAGCAGACAAUGCAUCGGUGGAUGCGGCGAUCAAGUCUGCGCAAAAUGCCUUUCCAACAUGGUCGGCAAUGUCCCCGAUGGAGCGCUCUCGUAUUCUUCUUCGAGCAGUAGCACUUCUGAGGCAACGGAACGAUGAGCUGGCCAAAAUCGAGACUCACGAUACCGGAAAGGCCUUUUCAGAGACCAGCGUUGUAGAUGUAGUCACAGGAGCCGAUGUGCUGGAAUACUACGCAAACUUGAUCGCCUCUGGAGGCCUCAAUGGAGAGACCACAACUCUUCGACCAGAUGCUUGGAUCUACACAACGAAAGCACCACUGGGAGUAUGUGCUGGGAUUGGCGCAUGGAAUUAUCCUAUUCAGAUUGCCCUGUGGAAAUCUGCACCGUGUCUGGCAGCAGGAAACUGCAUGGUGUACAAGCCUUCGGAGUUCACUCCACUACACGCUCUGCAGCUUGCAGAAAUUUACACAGAAGCCGGUGUGCCUCCUGGAGUUUUCAAUGUGGUGCAAGGAGCCGGCGAUGUCGGCGCUAUGCUUUCCGGCCACCCUGCGAUCAAGAAGGUCUCUUUCACUGGACAAGUCAGCACGGGUAUGAAGGUCGCUGGUUCGGCCUCGGGCGGCAUGAAGUAUGUGACAAUGGAGCUUGGAGGCAAAUCUCCAUGCGUUAUCCUGCCAGAUGCAGACGUCGAAGAUGCUGUCAAUGGUGCCAUGAUGUCCAACUUCUUCUCAACUGGUCAAGUCUGCACAAACGGCACAAGAGUCUUCGUCCCUAAAUCCAUGAAGAGCAAAUUCGAAAAGGUUCUUUUGGAGCAAAUGGGCAACAUCCGAGCAGGCGAUCUCUUCAGCGAAAACACCAACUUCGGCCCUCUUGUCAGCGAAACACACUACAAGAAAGUCAACCAAUACAUCAAACACGGCAUCGAAAGCGACAAGGCCAAACUCCUCUACGGCGGUCUCGGCAAACCCGAAAACGCCUCUCCAAAUGGCUUCUGGGUCAAACCUACAGUUUUCACAGACUGCACAGACGACAUGCUCAUAACCACAGACGAAAUCUUCGGUCCUGUCAUGUGUAUCCUUCCAUACGAUGACUUUUCAAACGACUGGCUUUCCAAUCUCAUCUCACGAGCGAAUAAUACCAAAAUGGGUCUUGCCGCUGGUGUUUUUAGCAAGAAUAUUGACCUCGCUCAUAAGGUUGUUGGACAAAUUGAAGCUGGUAUUACAUGGAUUAAUACGUGGGGUGAAUCGCCGGCGGAGAUGCCGGUGGGAGGAUGGAAGUUGAGUGGUUUGGGAGUGGAGAAUGGGAGGAGAGGGUUGGAUAAUUGGGUGCAGAAUAAGAGUACUUUGGUGGAGAUGGGUGGGAAGGUGCCGACUGCUUUUCCGAAGUUGUAGAUGUAUAUGUACCAGAGUAGCGAAUGGGAAAAGGCAAUGAGGCAUGGAAUGAAAUGACAAUUUAUAUGGGUGGGCUUGAACCUUUUUGAUGGGAGAGCAAUGCUUAUUAGCUGUGUUCUGCUUUUUCGGGCACGACAGGCCACUUACCAAAAAAGCGUGCAUGUCCACGACAUGCGCUGUGUAAGAGAAGUAUCGUGAGGCAAAAGUACUUGCCUUCCAUCCCUACAUACACACAUAGCAAGGCAAAAACACAAAAAGAUCGCAUUCAAGGGUAUUGAGCCCAAGGAAUUGAGGUUAU